AUGUCUAAUAGAAUCGGUGCACGCCUACUCCCCUUUGAGCCGAUUCACCAUAUCGUUGAAGCCCUCGUGAAGCGGAAUGGCUACACACUUUGGCACCUUAUUCCCUUGUAUGUCGAACGUGGAACCGUAUAUGUCGACCGCACAUCACAUCUUUUGGACUAUCUCUCUGACUGGCUGCGAGUCGGUCACCUCUCAGCUCAGGCCCUUCCUCCAUUUUACUGCUCCCCUUCUUGCCAAUGCAUUCUCAACCUUCAUCUCCUUUUCGACGAAGACGAUGUUACAUCGGCUGCGGAGUGGCUUCCAGACUAUUUUGAGCGAUUGAAGAACCUCCGCUAUUUGCACGUCGAAUGUUAUGCUGCUCCGCUCCCUGCACUGCAAACUCUAGGGAUCGUGCCCCUGCUUGCUAUCGACCGUAUCAAACGUUUUGACCUCGAAUGCCAUGACCCUGAGCUUUCGCUUGAGGAACACCGGAUUGGCAUCUGUGCCAAGACAUCGAUCGACCGUUUGUUUGGAAGCCCUCCGCAAGCUCUCCCCCUUCGAAGAAUCGCCCCAGCUCCACCGAAGCACCGAAGCAGCCGUGGCUUGGAUAAAGGAUUGCAUCGUGCCGCCCUCGGAGACUAUGGAGGCCUAUACCGCAUGACAGAACCCCUCCACAAGCGCGGCUCUUUGAAGCGUGUCGAACUUGACUUCCUGCCUCAACGGUUUGACGUCGAGUUGAGCUGUGGCAGUGAAUCGGAGGUUGCCAAGGUGCAAGCGUUCGCUCCGUUGUUGGAAGGGGGUCAGUUGGUGGUAGAUAUUCGCGUUUAA